AUGUCUAACUUCGUUUAGAAUAUGCAUAAUCAAACUUAAACAGAAAUCGAAUCUAAAGAAAAAUACUGUUUUUUAUCAAAAUUAUACUAAGAUCUUAGGUAAGAUUCAAAUGACCAAAAUAAUGAAGAUUAAUAUCAAAAUCAAACUGAAAAAAACAAUAAUAAUUCAUAAGAUGACCCAAUUUUAAAAUUAUAAUAUAUAAAAAGAGAUGAUCAUGAAUAAUAAUAAAAUAAUUUCCGAGGAAAUGAUAUAUCCUAUAAUAAGUUUAAAGAUUAAAAUAAUUCAAAUCUUAAUAACGAAAAGUAACAUUAAUAGAUUAAAAAAAGAAAAAAAAAACAUUAACAACAAUUAUAAAAUUAGGAAGAAUAAAUUUAAUUAAAAUAAACAGAAAAUAUUUAAGAUAUUGUUUCAAAGAACAAAAAAUUAAAAGUUGCUGCAUAAUUGGCUUUAGAAAUGUAGGAAUAAAAAAGAAGAAUUUAAUAAGAACAAAAGAGACUGGAAUUAUUUUAAAAAGAGCAAGAUGAAUAAAUUUAAAAAUAAGAAGAAUAACUAGCAGAAAUUAGGUAUUAAUAAUUCCAAGCAUCAAGAUGUAGUCAUUGUUUGAAUUUAAAAAGAAGAUUAAACUAAAAGGAAUGUAAAAUUGUUAUUGAAAAAUAAGCCCUAUUUUAAGAAUUUAUUAAACAAUAAUCACAACAAUAAUAGUACUAAUAAAAACAAGUGGAGUAGUAUUAAUAAUAAUAAUACACAUGA